GCAUUGCGUAGUACACUGAAAGUCUAUUUAAAGUGUGACGUUUUUGAUUUAUAAAAUAAUAAUGUCUGAAAACGAUUCUGCUGAUGAUAUUAUGAAAGAACGUUCGGAUGAUGAUACAUUCAAUAUAUUAAUUGCUACUGAUUGUCAUUUGGGUUAUGAAGAAAGUACCAAAAGAGCCCAAGAACAGGACAGCAUUAAAACGUUUGAAGAAAUACUAAAACAUGCUAAGGACAAUAAUGUUGACUUUAUUCUUCUUGGUGGUGAUUUAUUUCAUGAUACUAAACCAUCGCAAGGCACAUUAUUAAAAGCUGUUGAGUUGCUCAGAAAAUAUUGUUUAGGCUCUAGAGAACCAACAUUUGAAUUGUUGUCCGAUCCUGAAGAGAAUUUUCAAUACAAAACAGCAAACUUCGAAGAUCCAAAUUUAAAUGUCAGCAUUCCUGUAUUUUCUAUACAUGGGAAUCAUGAUGAUCCAAGUUCUGGAACAAUAGGAUCUCUAGACCUUUUAUCAACAACUGGUCUUGUUAAUUAUUUUGGAAAAUGGACAGACUUAACUCAAGUAACAAUGUCACCUGUGAUAUUGAAAAAGGGUAGCACGCAUAUAUGUCUCUAUGGAAUCAGUUAUAUAAAUGAUCAAAGAUUAUCACGAUUGUUUAGAUCAUACAUGGUGAAAGUACUUUUUCCAUCCCAUCUUGAUAUUGAGCAGUGUUUCAAUAUGAUGGUUUUGCAUCAGAAUCGAGUAAAACGCCCAAAUUGCCCAUACAUUCCGGAAGACAGAUUGCCCAGUUGUCUUAAUUUCAUUUUAUGGGGUCAUGAACACGAAUGUCGCAUUAAUCCAGAAAUUAUUGCUGAAACUGGAUAUCACAUUUGUCAACCUGGUAGUUCUGUGGCAACUUCACUGUGUGAAGCAGAAUCAGUACCAAAACGUAUUGGUAUAUUGAGCGUCAAUGGAAAUGAUUUUAAAGUCGAACAAAUAUACUUACAAACCGUCAGGCCUUUUGUGUUUGACAACAUAGUUCUCCGAGACGUUGAUAUUGGUGAAGAUUAUAGUAAAGUGAUGGCUGAUCGUGUAAUGGAUUAUGUAGAUGACUACAUUGAAGAAACUAUGAUAACCAAAGCCUCUAAGCAAUUAACUGGACAUCCGGAUCAACCAACUCAGCCAUUAAUUCGUCUUCGAGUUUUCUAUUCCAGUAAUGAAGAAAUAUUUAACACAGUAAGGCUCGCGCAAAAAUAUUGUGAUGAAGUAGCAAAUCCAAUGGACAUGAUCAUAUUUCGAAAAGCACCAGAAAAAAAUAUCAAACGUAAAUGCACUGAUCCUUUUGAAGAUGAUGAUGAGACAAAUGAUUUGUUAGCGUAUGAUGAUAAUGAUAAAGAUUGGCGAAAAAGCGUACAAGGCGGAAUACUUAAAUAUUUUGAAUCGAAAGAAAAUCAAGAUAAACUGACAGUUCUAUCAGUGACUGGAUUAAACAAAGCGUUAUCUCGUUUUGUCGAGAAAAAUGAUAGCGAUGCUUUCAAAGAUAUUAUUCACCAUCAGAUGUCGAAAACUGUCGAGUACUUACAAACGAAACCUGUGGAUACGCCAGAAAAAAUAAAAAAAGAAAUAAAAGUGUUUCAAAAGGAAAGACGCGACAGAGAGGAAGAAGAAGCACUUGAUGCGGAUCUAAUGUUUGAAAGUACACAACGAAAGUUCGAAACUGUGGAUAUCGAAAAAAAUAAUGCUAUUGUACUAAGCGACGAUGAUGCAGAACAUAAUCACGAUGAUGAAGCAACUGGUAAGGGAAAUAAAACCAGAAAAGCAUCCACCAGAGGGGCAGUAAGAGGCCGCGGUGGAGGUCGAGGUCGAGGGAAAAAUGCUGAACGUAUGAAAAAUCCUCUAGACAUAACAAUUACAUCUCCUACUUCCUCGUCACCAAAGACUGCCAGAAAUGUAUCAUCGAGAAAGGUAGGGGCUCGAGGAAAUAUACAACAGUUUUGUCAACCUUCGACCAGUCUGAGACAUGGUAAUAUAUCGGAAGAUACGGAUUAGCGUAACCAUCUAUUAAUACUAUUUACCGAGUGUUAAAAAGUUAAUUUAAUAUUUUGCUAUUACUGUUUAUACAAUUCAUCUCUAAUAAACCAAAAUGAGAAAUAGAACGUUUAACAGUUAAAAAUAAAAUAUAAAUAUUUUACUAUGA